AUGUCCUAUGCCAUUGUUCCUGGUGGCCUAGCAUUAACUGAUGAUUAUCCUGUUACAGCUUUCCUACCCUUACUCGUCGUAACAGCACAACAUCAGGUCGACAUAUCUGAGCUCAAACCACCAGACAUCAACUCUUGGAUUGGUGGAAACGAUGACUUCUACGUCUUCCACGAGAAAAACCCGAAAGAGCUAAAAGAAAUACCUAACUGGUUCUUCGAUAGCGCAGAUAAACCAAAUCGUCGUUUACCAUCUGAGAGAAAUGGUGAGAAAACACAUUCAAAUGCUCAGAAAUUGACAAAGCAGGACUAUGAGAAAAUAAACCAACUGUAUAUAGAUAGAUUGAAGAUGAAGCCAUGGCAGAAGGACAUGAAAAUGCCUACCGAUGACCCAUCUAAGGUUAUGGUAACAAUGCCACAAAGGCUGCACAAUAAAGAAAAAUACAGCAAUAAAAAUAAACACCACGAUAUAGAAUCACUUUGGAAUGAAGAUAUCAAUCCUAAACAUUCAAUUUGGACGCCAAAAUUAAGCGGAAACUCACUUUGGCAUACCAAACCUAGUCAUGAAGAUCUAGAUGCCUCAAGAGACAGUGUUGAAGAUGGUCUCGAAUCUAAUGAAAUUAAAGAAAAAGUGAUUGGUAUUAAUAAAAAUAUUAUAGAGCAAGGUGUCACAACUGAAAAACUAUUAAUUCUACCUAAGAAUAUAAAAAAUGAUAUAUCACCCAGUAUGCUUGAUAACUUAUACGAGAAUCAUAGAGAAACUAAAAGACCGGAGGAUGUGAAACCAGUUUGGGAUGUUACUAAACAGAACAAUGAAGAUGUUUGGGAUAAGGCAAGUAUAACUGUAAACCCUACAUGGGAAGAUAAUAAAGAAACUGAGUUAGUAGUGCCUGAUGUAACUAAAGAACCUGAUACUGAUACUGAUGUAAAAUUAGACGAGCAUGAAAGCAUGAUAAAAUUGAAACUCUUCUCACUAAUUACACAGACUAAAGAAACGAUAGAUAAAAAAUUAAAAGGUAUAGAAGUGAUACAUCAUCAUUAUAAAGAAAACAAAUAUUAUAGAAUAGGUUAUAUUACCAGUUAUCUGUUUAGAAGUUUAGAUCUACUGACGGAUUUAUACAAAUAUAUAGAAAGAAAUAAAAACAAGUGGAAUAUUUUGAAAAUAUUGAAUUCUUACGAACAGAUUAAAAAAGCUGAUGAAUAUUUAACAAGAACAAUGUCCGUUCUGACUGAUGCUGUAAUCAAUGCUAAGAAGAACAACAUACCUCAUAACAUGCCACAGCACUACACAAAAUCGUAUAUGAACAAGCAAAUGCCGAUUUCUUGGUCCUACUACGAUAAUUAA